AUGCAACGGGGUGCAUUUAUGGCCGAUUAUCCCGGCUUAGAGAGACCACAGCAAAGAUCGCAAUAUAGUCGACAAGCGUAUCAAUUAGAUAUCCAACAACCCAAAGCAAGGAAUCAACCCAAAGGACAGUUGGCUGCUUUGAUGAGUAACCGAGGCGGUGAUCUUGAAGCUGAUUUCUACUUGGAUUCAACAAACGACUAUGGGAAUCGUUCUAGCAGUGCACCUCCCGAUCAGCAUUUAUUGAGUCAACAAGGAUCCAUGGCGAGAAAUCCAUUUCCUCUUUCUCAACAAGGUGUUGGAGACGCGUCAUCCUCCUCAUCAGCUAUCGACCAGGGUCAUUAUUUACAACAACAACAACAACACCACCAACAACAGCAACAUUGGGAUCCAACCUCAACUUCCUUACGACAUGUUUGGUCGUCUACGCCAAAUCAAAUGGUACCAGCAACAGCAGCGGAUGGCAGCAAAGUGUUUGAACAGGAACCAGGCAGCAGCAGCACCACAUCAGACCCAUAUUUGAAUACGCUUUCCAAAACCGACAAUCGAUCAACACCAGAUCAUUUGGGACGCUUGUGGGGAUCGCCUAGUUUCAUGUCACCCAGCAACGAAGGUGGAAUGGAUCCUGUUCAAGGGGUUCCCAAUACAUCCAUCUCCCCAUUAGCAUCCAUUGGUCAACGCCCUAUCAACCAAGAGCAACAUGAUUCCUUGUUGAUGCGAUACAACAACCUUGAUAAUCGUGCUUUUAUGAUGCAAGGAUCUUCAUCUUCCAAUACUCGCUCCAAUACAACCACUGGCAAUAGCCGUCUUGGUGCCUACAGGAAUUAUAACCAUGGGAUGAGUAGUCCAGCAGACUAUGCAGCAUUGCAAAGCCCAGUAUCCAAUGAAUCGUUUAAAAGUCCUCAGCCAAUGUCACCACAGCAACCACCACCGCCUCCUUUCCAAUUCAACACAAUGUCACCACCACCUAGAGCCAAUUCAACACCACCAGGGAACCAUAUGCCAGGACACCAUCGUCAACACAUUGAAGCUCAGGAGUAUAAUAAUAUGCUUCUUGGGAUGAGAGGCAUGGGUUUACAUGACAAGCAGGCAUCAGCUGGCAAUAGUGAUGAAUUCAAAGCCAAUCGAAUGACAGCUGCACAACAGCAACGCUAUCGACAAUGGUUGAAUCGACAAGGAGGUGGAAGUGGAGGAGCAAGUAGUGGUAUCAAGCAUCAACAAACAGCAAGCUUGGAUGCUGUCAUGAGGGAUACAGCUAAUGCCACAGCAUGGAGUGCAAGUUCAACCCCUAAUCGUGUCAUGUCUCCAGUCAACGGGUCGUUUGAUGAUCUUCGAGCACAAUCCACCUCUCCUUCUCUUUAUGGUGACUUUUAUGACAAUGACAUGCAUCAUCGUAUGUAUCCUUCACAUCCUCGUGAUCGACGUCAACCACCGCAACAUGCAAUGAUGGGCGCUGAUAUGGAACAUGUGGAUCCUGCUUUCUGGCAAGAACAUGCAUUGGGACGUGGUGCAAUGACUCCGGAGAUGCAACAACCACCACAACAACAUGAUGUCGCUGAUGAACAAAUUUGGAGACAACUUCAGGCACGGCAACGACAAAUCAUGAUGCAACAAGAGGAGCUUUAUCUUUUGAGGAAUCAAAUGUUGCGUAAUAUGGCUCCCUAUGGACCUUACAACAUGGCACCAGGGGUCAUGAAUCCAACAGCUCGUGGUGGUAUUCCUGCAACUCAUGAUACAAUGUCGCCUACAGCAGCAGCAGCAGCAGUAGCAGCACCCAUGACACCUACCUCGGAUGUGGUACAAAUCAUUCGUAGUCCUUUGUUGGAAGAGUUUAGGAACAACAAAAACAGAAAAUACGAGCUCAAGGAUAUCAUCGAUCAUGUGGUGGAGUUUAGCGGUGAUCAACAUGGCUCACGCUUUAUCCAGCAAAAACUUGAAACAGCCAACAGUGACGAGAAACAGCUUGUCUUUGAUGAGAUCCUACCCAAUUGCUUGCAACUCAUGACCGAUGUGUUUGGCAACUAUGUCGUCCAAAAGCUCUUUGAACAUGGUAGUCAAGCUCAAAAGGCGAUCCUUGCUAAACAAAUGGAAGGGCACAUUUUGUCGUUAUCGUUGCAAAUGUAUGGUUGUCGUGUAGUACAAAAGGCACUUGAGCAUGUACUUGUGGAUCAACAAGCCAGCAUUAUUCGUGAGAUUGAUGGAAAUGUGUUGAAAUGCGUCAAGGACCAAAACGGCAACCACGUGGUGCAAAAGGCUAUUGAGCGUGUGCCUUCGCAGUAUAUCCAAUUCAUCAUUGACACAUUCCAUGGACAAGUAUAUCACCUGGCAACCCAUCCCUAUGGUUGCAGAGUCAUCCAGCGCAUGUUUGAGCAUUGUCCUAGCCAACAAACGGAUCGAUUACUUGAAGAAUUACAUCGUUGUACAAGUCAAUUGGUGCAGGAUCAAUACGGCAAUUAUGUGGUGCAGCAUAUUCUCGAGCAUGGCAAACCUGAAGACAAGGCACUCAUCAUUGGCAAGAUCCGUGGACAUGUCCUCCAACUAAGCAAGCAUAAGUUUGCCAGCAAUGUGGUUGAAAAGUGCGUCGCCUAUGGUAGCACUGAGGAUCGUCAUGCUCUUAUUGAAGAAGUACUACAAAUGCGUCCUGAUGGAUCAUCACCCCUGCUUACGCUGAUGAAGGAUCAAUACGCCAACUAUGUAUUGCAGAAAAUGCUGGAUACUGUGGAUGAUUCGCAGCAACGAGAUGUCCUUGUGAAUAGGAUCAAGACACAUUUGCAUUCAGUGCGUAAAUACACGUAUGGGAAACAUUUGACACAGAAGGUGGAGAAGUUACUUCCCCUGACGACUCAAGCUCAAGAGAACAAACAAGACAAGGAGACCACGGCUACAUCUGUUGAUGCAUCCACCAACGUUGCAGCACCUGCUGCAGAUGCUUCUACCACCCCACAACACGAGGCCUCGGGGGAUGUACAGCCAUUCUAA